AGUCCGCGCCCUAAGGAGAAACGUGGGUCUGGUGGGUAGAUGUGGAAGGGAGAGAAGUGUCUCCACGUGAAGUGUUGUGAGCAUGGCGUCGCUUCAGGAGCCAGAGAUCCAGUUCGCACAAAAAUUAGCAUCCAACGAGAAGUCAAUCCGAACCAAGGCCAUAAAGAAACUUAGGAAAUACAUAAAUGUCAGGUCACAGAAAGCGACAGGCGGAUUCACAGGUGAUGAGCUGCUCAAGCUAUGGAAGGGUCUUUUCUACUGCCUGUGGAUGCAGGAUAAACCACUGCUCCAGGAGGAGUUGUCACACCAGAUCUCCACCCUCAUCCACAGUUUCCAUGACAUUGACGGACAGUUUUUAUACCUGGAGAGUUUCCUGCAGACCUUCAAAAGAGAGUGGACUGGUAUUGACAGGUUGCGCAUGGACAAGUUCUUCCAGCUGGUUCGCUUCAUGUUCAGACAAACUUUUGAGAUGCUAAAGAAGAAAAACUGGGAGAACAGUGUGGUUGCAAGAUUUCUGGAGCUGCUGAUGACACAACUCCUGCAGAGCAGCAGUGCGGCACCCAUUGGGCUGCAGUUCCACUUUCUGGACCUUUACAUGACUGAACUGGCAGCUGUGGGUUCAGCAGAGCUCACUGCUGAUCAGAAUUUGAUGUUCAUUGAGCCGUUCUGCAGAACAGCAGCCAAAACUAAAGAUCUGACUCUUUUCAGAGCCAUCUGCAACAGCAUCUUCAGCACUAUUAUUGACCAGGCUCCCUUCGCCAUUGAAGAUUUGAUGAAGGAGCUGAAAGCAGCAGAGGACUCAGACUCAGGACAGGCUUCUGAAGAGGACGAUGAAGACCAAAUAAAAGAGAAAACAAGCAAACCACUCAGCAAGAAAAGGACAGGGAAGCAGAUCAAUGGCAGUAGAUCAGAAGCCGAGGAAGAUGACAAGGAGGAGCAGCAGGAGGAUGAGGAUGAGGAUGAGCUUCUUCACUUAGAAGAGUCAGACACAGAGCUGCCAUGUGAUGAUGAUGACAUUGUACCAGUCCUUCAGUUUGACUAUGUGGGCCUGGCAGACAAGCUUUUUGAGUUAGCCAGUCGGAGCAGCACACCCAGCCAGAACAGACAGAGACUCUACAAAAUCAUCAAAGUAUUGCGUGACCUCAGUGAAGGCAUCUUUCCUCAGGAUGAGUAUCCAGAGGAGGUCUCCACAGAUGAGGAUGAUGAAAUGUUCGGCAGCAGGAAGAGGAUGAAGAGAGGAGGAGGUCACUUGGAGAAGGAUGUGGAAGGGACCCCAGCAGCAAAGAAAAUUAAAGGGAAGAAAAAGGAGGGAUCCACACUCGAAAAGCAAAAUAAGGACUUGGGUAAAGAUGAAUCUGCAGACCUAAGCCCUAAUAAUGAAAACAAGAAGAAGAAGAAGAAGAAGAAAGCAGGGCAGAGUAGAAGUGCAGGUAGUGAAGAAAAUAGAGAGGGAUCCAAACAGGGACAGAUCUUGCCUCAGGCUCCCAGUGUAAUUAAGGAGAUUGAAGACAGUCCACAAUGUUCACAAGCAGAAGAUUUAGAAAAGGAAGCAGAGGCGCAAAGCUCCAUCUCAUCUGUAAAAGUCACAGAGGCAGCUAUUCCACAAGAUCAGUCAAAAACUCUGUUCCUCUCUGAGGCAAAGAAAGAGCAGUUAGUUACAGUCAGGAAAGAAGCCAGUCAUCCAAAGCCCCGCACCACUGACAACAAGGACCAAUCUGAAACCUUUUCAAAGAAGAAGAAAAAGAGGGACACUUCUGAGCCCAAACCUGAGAUCACAGAGGAGCAACAGACUCCUGCCACGACAAAGCCAGAAAUGCUGCCAGAAGCAAGUGCUCCAGUCUCAGGGAAGAAAAAAAAGAAGAGCCUGAAAGCUGAGUUACAGACAGAUGUAACUGAAGCUCAGUCACAAUUCAAUCCAGAAGCAGAGAUCACAUCAGUAAGUUGUGAAGCAUCAGGAGGAGAAACCAUGACGGCAGCACCGAAGACUGAUGCUGCAAUCUCUGCCAAGAAGAAAAAGAAGGGCACGAAGGCUGAGAGGAAACCUGAGGGGAGUGAGGGUGAAUCACAGAUUUAUGGUGUGAACUUAGAAGAGGAUGCCACAUCAAUAUGCUGUGAAGAUUCAGCAGAAGAUGACACAAUCACCAGACUCAAUAAACCUACUGAUGGUGUAAUUUCUGCCAAGAAGAAGAGUAAGAAAAAGAGCCUUGAGGCUGAUGUACAGGUUGAAAUACAGGGAAGAAACACAGAUACUAAGAUCACACCUGAAGCAUCACAACAUACCAUGGUGGUUCCACUUAAAAAGAAGACAAAGAAAAAGGGAAAAGGAGAAACUUGAACAGACACUUGAAGCUCCACCUGCUGCAGAUGAAACCACUGUAACACCACUCAAAAACAA